CGCAGCAGGCAUGAGGCUGAUAUGACUUGAAAGGUGGCAUUCCUGAGCCAUUGGUGUGCUCUUCAGUAUUUGGUGGCAGCAAAGUAUACUGAAGCUCAAACCUAAAACAAAAGAGCUGAGUAGCAGCUCUGUCACAGGACUUUGCCACUCAGCCCGUCAUAACCAACAGGUCAGCCAGUGAAACCUGAGAUAACUCUUUAGCAGUAACGACAUACUGCAUGGUACAUCUCCGUUGUAUGAAGUCACCAUGGUGAUAUUUGACUUUGCUCUGCUUUCACAGCACUAGCAGGAUCACACGGGCGACUGUAAACACACUGCUCCUUCAAUCGGACGCUGCAUAUGAUUGUCUUUCUUCGUCUCUUCACAAGAAGAGCGACACUAUGGAUGGUGUUUACCAGUACUCGGUUUUCUUUGAGUGGAACAGCAGCCUGCUCGGGGAGCAGGCGAAGAGAAUCGAAACAUAUUUCCGUGUUCGGCGCAGAUCCGGCGGAGGAGACUGUGGACCAGUGAGCAGGGUGAAGGAUGACGUCUACAGCGUUGCUUUCAAAUAUCAAAAAGAUCAGCUGGCAGUCCUGCAGAAAUCUGAGCAUGUUGUGGAUGGUGUGGUGUUCGCUGUCCGAGGCACCAUGGAACACAUCAUCUCCUCUCCAAGCCAGGAUCCUACAGCUCCAGUACAGAGCCCACAGUCCAUUCCUGCCUCAACUCCUCCACCAAGUGGUGAAGAAUAUGAACUACAAGUUGAUGCUUACCUUCUUCGUUACCUUAAGGAAUGUCCCAAGGCUGGGGAGAAACUAGAGAAAGAAUUUGCCUCUGUGGCCUGCUCUGCUCAGCUUUACCCAGAGGAGGAGAGGGUUUCAGUUAGGCGUUUAGCUCAACCUGGUGCUGCAGGCGAUGAUAGAAACUGGAAUGCCGAGGUAGACAAACUUUUUGAUGGCUACCUGUGCCACUAUGAGUUUGACGCUCAUAAAGUUAAAGCUUUGCUUCAGUCCUGCAGCUCUCGUCAGAGCACAGAUGAGGUGAAGGUGUACAGCGAGGUUGGGAUGGCUGUUGUUGUCGGGGAGCCUUCUCAGGUGAACGCCAGGUUGAUGAAUGUAGAGAACAGGUCAGGUGUGAGUGAGAAACAAACCAGCAUUCGGCGACUGGGCGAGGCCAAGCUCCGCCUCCUCUGGAAAGAGAUCAAGCACAGUUUGGGACGAGAUUGUCCAGGAGUGAAGGUAACGCAGGGAGCUGCCGGUCAGUUAGUUUUGGAAGGUUCUGCAGAGGAGAUUCUUAAGGCAGACGAUUGGAUCUCUGGUCAGGAGAAUUUGGUGUUGGAAAAGACGGUUUCUGACAUGAGCCCACAUUUGUUGGCCUUUCUAAGGAAGGCAUACAGAGGUCCAGGGGUGCUAGGCCACUUUUUAGGUGUCAGUGACAAGGUGGAAGUAGAGUUACGAGACACAGAGCUACGUUUGGUCUCCCUUUCCACUGAUAAUCUUGAUGAAACAGAAAAUGCACUGCAAGCUGAGAUAAAGGAAGUAAAGAUUGAUGUUCCUUACUGCUCCGCUGUGCCGUCUGAGCUUCAGGAAAAGCUUAAGUCCAAGACAAAUGAGAUGAACCAAGGGCAAUACAGGGCUCAGAUCGUGUUUGGCUCAGACAGCUCGGUGUGCUUACUGGGCCACACCAAAGAGGUUGAAGAGCUGAGUGAAGCUGUCACACAGUUUAUUUUGGACCAGUCUAGUGUGCAAAACAAAGCACAAGAGAUUUCACCAAGUGUUGCUCAUAAUUUGGAAUCUCUGAGUUUGAGUGAAGUAAACACAACAGUUGCGCGCUAUAGACUCCGUGAUGGGUUCCAGGUGCUGGUGUGUCAGGGUGACAUCACCAAACAGGAUGCUGAUGCCCUGGUGAAUGCUGCCAACGAAGAUCUGGACCACGGUGGAGGGGUUGCUGCUGCGCUGAGUAAAGCAGGUGGCCCUAAAGUACAGAGUGAGAGCACUGCCUUAGUAAAGUAUAAUGGGAAAAUCCCCACAGGUGAAGUGGUAGUGACCACAGGGGGGAACUUAAAGUGCAAGAAACUGCUGCAUGCUGUUGGGCCAGGUGGGAAAUCAGGUGGUAGAGAGGGGGUGUUACUGGAAAAAACUGUCCAGUCUGCUCUGAAUUUAGCAGAGAUGAUGGAGUUCAAGUCCAUAGCCAUUCCCUGUAUCAGCUCAGGGACAUUCGGUGUCCCUGUUACUGUGUGCUCUGAGGCUAUUGUUACUGCUGUUAAGAAGUUUGGCAGUUACGGGGAGAGAAGUCUGAGCAGAGUCAUCCUGAUUGAUAACAGAGGAGAGGCGGUGAGGGCAAUGCAGGAAGCAUGUGAUCGUCUUCUCCAAGGGAUAAGUACUGGAAACAGUGCACCGAGAGAUCUGGGCUUCCAGGUGGAUGCUUCUGCCCAAGACACAGCAGGAGGAGCCACAGCUGGAGCUCCUGCAGGUGGUGUCCAUGUAGAGAUCAUUCAGGGAACCAUCGAGACCCAGCAGGUGGAUGCGCUGGUAUCGCCCAUGGUUGGCCAUGAGCCUCUCUCUACCCGUGUCGGAAACAUUUUGUUUGAAAUGGUUGGAUCCCAGCUGACUGCAAAGUUUAGAAAGGAAGCAGGAGAAGAAGAAACACUGCCUGGUGACCCAGUCCUGGUGGAGGGCUUGCCUGAACUCCCAUCUAAUGCAGUGUUCUUCCUCAACCUCAUUCCCUGGGAUGAUGACCAUGAUGGAACUGCAGUCCAGGUUUUGAGAAUGGGCAUCAACAAAAUCCUAACUUCCUGUGUGAAAAGAGGGUUUGGAUCCGUUGCCUUUCCUGUACUUGGAGCUGGGAUUGCCCUGCGUUUUCCUGACAGCGUGGUAGCCAGGGUUCUACUGGAGGAAGUUCAUGCGUUUGGACAGAACCGAGCCAGAGGAACGCCAUUACUGGUCCACAUCGUCAUCCACCCCAACGACGAGGAGUCUAGUGAGGCUUUCAAGUCUGUGCAGGAAGCUUUCCAACCCAAAGGAUUCACAAAAGAUGUUCACCAACCAGACCAAGUGUCAGCUACAAGGAGGAUCGUCCUGCUCGGGAAAACUGGUUCUGGGAAAAGCAACCUAGCCAACACCAUAUUUGAAGAGACAUUGUUCACCACAAACCAUACUCCCAACUCUGGAACAAGUGAAUGUCAAGCUGAAACCAGAUGUGUCAAUGAAAGAAGCAUCACUUUGAUUGACACUCCUGGUUUCUUUGAUGCAGGCAGGUCUGAGGAGGAGAUGAAGCCUAAGAUUCUGAGGUGUAUCACAGAGUGUGCUCCUGGGCCUCAUGCUUUUCUCAUUGUGCUUAAAGUGGAGAAAUUCACAGAGCAGGAGAAGGAUGUCAUCAAAAAAAUAUGCCAAUAUUUGUCUGAGGAAGCUUUAAAAUAUGCCGCCGUUGUCUUCACUCAUGGUGACCAGCUCCAGGAAAAGAUGAAGAUUGAGGAGUUUGUCAGUCAGAAUAUAGAUCUAAGUAAUCUGGUGAAGAUGUGCGGAGGCCGGUGCCACGUUGUUGAUAAUAAGUACUGGAUGAGCAGCGGAGAGGACGACUACAGAAGUAACCAGUUCCAGGUGGCAGAGCUGCUCAACACCAUAGAGAAGAUGGUUGAGGCAAACAAAGGAGGCUGCUACACCAAUGAGAUGCUACAAGCAAUCAACAGAGAAAUACAGAGAGAGGAAGAGUGCAUUAGACAGUCAUCAUCAUCAGGCAACAUGUCACAGGCAGAAAUUAGAGAUAAAGCUACAACUAGUGUUUUUAACAGCUUAUUGAUCAGAUUGGCAGGUACUGCAACAGGGGCAUUGUUAGGAGUUUUUCUUGGUGUGGCAAGGAUGGUUGCAGCAAAUGUUAGAAAUGUUCAGGAUCUUUCAGCACUGGUAUCAACAAACAGAGGAAUGUUAGCAACUGAUGCUCUGUGGGGGGGAGUACAGGGUGGUCAGAUAGGAUAUGAUGUAGCUGAAGGAGCAGAAACUGCAAUGGAAGCCAUAGACAAGACAGUAAAGGCUGUCUGGGAGUCAUCUGGGGUUGCAAAUGAUCAAAACUAAAAAUAGAGCAUUGACAAUAAAAAGAGUGGAGCAGGAGGUUGGUGUUUGUUAUAUAAUUAGGGAACAAUGGGCUACUAGGGUUACAGAUGUGUGAGACAAUAAAAUUAUUAGUUAGAAACCAGGAUUUUGAGAUCAAGCUGUAGUUACUUUCUAAUAAUACCUGUCAAAUAUGUCUGUGCGAUUAGUGUUCUACCAAUACAGGGUACAAUAAGUAUACAUUUGGGAAAUUAUUAAUGAUGACACAGUAUUCCAUUUUGAAUAAUUCUGAAGACUUUGAAAUGCUGAAUAAUGUAUUUUUAGUUGGUUUUAUUUUAACUCCUUAUUGUAGUGUUUUGCAUUUAGUUUUGAGUGAUUCAAUAAGUAAAAAGCUGGUUUAAUAGGACUUUCUUCAGUCUCUCAUCAAUCUAACAUCAAAGAUGAAGGACAUGUGUGAUUAUACUAAUGACUUAAGUAUUUUUCAAAGAUUUUACUCUUCAUUUUACAUUUCCAUUCCUUUUGGAUGCUGAAAGAUGCUUUUUUUUUUUAAGUAGCAAGCAAUAGCUUGUAACACGUUAGACAAUUAAACAACUGUGCUUACACAUUUUCCACUGUCCGUUUUGUUGUGCGACAGUAAAUUAAAAUGAAUCGUCAUAUUAAAAAAAUCCCAAAGACCAGAUUAAAUUUUAUUCAGUUUUAUUUUAACUCACAUGAAUUCACGCAAAUUCCGAAAAUAUUGAGCGUUGUCACUGUUUACGCCAGAGAGAGAGAGA